GGUCCUGCCAACCUGUGUCCUGGUUUUCUUUAUGGUAGCCCUCAGUGCUGUGAUACAAGCGUGCUCGGAGUACUUGACCUGAGCUGCGAUCCACCUAGCAGGACCCCUGCCGACUUUGAAGAAUUCAAUGCCAUUUGCCAGGAGAACGGCAGGCAGGCACAGUGCUGCGUUAUCCCUCUCGCUGGCCAGGCCCUUCUCUGCCAGAACGUCCCCGCUCAGUAA